CUGUUCACAACCACCGUAGAGGUAGACAACGGAAAUGGCACAAGAAAGCCGUCAUCCAGAUCAGCCAGAGCCGUCCUACACCUUCCCGACGUACAUCAGAGAGGAGGUCAACGACUUUCCCCAGCCGGGGCUCCAGCUUGGAAACAUUGGCCCUCUGGCGUUCCCCCAGCUGGUCUUCGGCGCGGCCACCCUGUCGACGAUAUAUAACACCGAGGGACUGUUGCAGUCGGACAUUCCGGUACGGACGGUCAGGUUGGCAUUACGAUACGGUAUUCGGGCAUUCGACACUUCUCCAUACUAUGGCGACUCCGAGGUUGUGCUAGGACAAUGUCUGCAGGCACUCGCCGGCGAAUUCCCUCGGUCAUCGUACAAGAUCAUCACCAAAUGCGGGCGUUAUGGCUCAGAUGAGUUCGACUACACACCUUCGACGAUCCGGAAGUCCGUGCUCCGCUCCCUCAAGCGAUUGGGGACCAGUUACCUCGACGUUCUUCUACUCCACGACGUAGACUUCGUCGCCUCCCCCAUGUGCCCUUUCCCGCUUGAGGGGCUUCAUUCCAAGGUGUUCACAGAUGCAGGUGCGGACUGGGGCCUGGUUCCUGGGAAAGAGGGCAAAGUGUGGGGAUCAGGCGAUAGGAGGGUCAUCGAGGCUCUUACAGAGAUGAGGAAGCUCAAGGAGGAGGGCCUGGUACGGGCAAUAGGCAUAUCCGGAUACACACUUCCUAUGCUUCUCCGUGUCGCUAUCCUCGCCCUCCACACACCCCCUUUCCAACCGCUCGACACCGUCCUGUCCUACUCGCACUACACGCUACAAAACUCGGCCUUCGUCUCCUUCCUUCCUCAUCUGCACAGCGAUGCCAAGCUUUCCCAAGUCUUCUGCGCCUCCCCGCUCAGCAUGGGUCUGCUCACAGCCCGUGCGCCACCUUGGCACCCUGCGCCUACGAAACUAAAAGAAGUCGCUGCGGUAGCGUAUGAGCGGGUGAAAGAAUGGCCCGGCGAGCUGCCUAACCUCGCCGUCGGAUACACCCUCAAGCGCGAGGGUGAGAUCAUGGGCUGCACAGUGGGCCUGACAGUACCGACCGUUAUCGGUCUCAGUAACCUACACGAAGUGCACGAGGCCGUCGCUCUCUGGCGAGAGGUGAACAACCCCACGACAGAUGGUGUGCCGAGGCGAUAUGCAGAGGGGCUCGUCAAGUCGAUCUUCCAGGAACAGGGGUAUCUAGAUUGGUCAUGGAGCUGUCCACCCAGCUUUAGGAAGACCACCAGCCUACCUCUGUCCCCUGUGCAGAAGUCUACUUAGAGGAGACAGCUAGGCGUUCCGGUAUAGGAUCAGGAAUAUGUACACAUGGUUCGGCUCAUCUUCGGGCGGAUGUACACAACCACACCACUGUUGUACAAUGACACUAAUUGC